AUGCGGCUUGCGGCUUGCUUGAUUAGCCAAGGAACGCCUCCCUCCACGUCCACAGCAUCACCCAUUCCCCACCGUCCCAUGUCACAUUCACUUUUGACUUGGCUCGGGCGGUGGAGGUGCGGCAAAAAAUGUCUAGACCGCCGCCUGCAUGCGCGAGACACGCGCAUUUCUUUGUCGUUCUAUUACGCAAUGUCAGAGCUGCGUGUACUCACGCUCAACUGCUGGGGGCUUAGGUUCUUUUCGAAACUUCGAAAGGAACGUCUCGCAGCGAUCUCAGACAGACUGGCCGACACACAUUAUGAUGUAAUAGCAUUGCAAGAAAUUUGGGUCCGAAUCGCGGGACUGGCAGCACAUGCGCGCAGUUUUGUGGCGACCGAUAUCCCCUACGGCAAGUUUUUUCUGACAGGUGCAUUUGGUUCGGGACUGGCAAUCAUGACGCGGUACCCUAUUGUCAGCAUGGAAACGCACAUGUUUCGCCUUACAGGCACGCCGAUUUACGUGCAGGAGGGCGACUGGAUUGCCGGCAAGGCUUGUGGACGCAUCACUAUGGCACAUCCACAACUUGGUUUGGUCGAUGUUUACACAUCUCACUUUACCGCACAUGGAGGACAAUCUGGACCUGAGAUCCAGCGUGUGUAUCGAACUACAGAAGCCUUCGAAUUAGCUCAAAAGUGCACUGCAAGUGCACAGGCGGGGCGACACGUGCUUUGUAUGGGUGAUCUGAAUUCUUUGCCUUCCUCGCUAUGCAUGGCGUUGCUGCAGAGUGUGGGUGGCUUGCAGGAUGCAUUGGCGCACGUUCACAAUGGAGAUUCCGGAGCUGACAUUACGUGCGACAGUCCCAAGAACACUUGGUCAAAGAACAAGAAAAUUGACCAGUAUGCGCAGCAGCAUGGUGGCAAGUGCCUUGACUACGUCUUGUAUCGUGGACCGGCGAACAGGAUGAGUCGUCUCUCAUACUCGUCCCAUGAAGUGACAUUUACCGACCUCAUUGACUCAUUGCAGGUCUCUUACUCUGACCACUUUGGUCUAGAAGUCGUAUUUUCGAUUGUAUCGCCGGAGGAUGGCAAAAUAUCAGGUGGCAGCAAGAAGUUCGAAUCCCGCUCCGACGUCCUGCAUCGUGCUUUGCUCCCAAUUCGUCAAGCUUUGCACAAUGCGCAUGUAUCGCAGAAGAAUCACCUGGGUGUCUUCUUGUGCCUUUUUGGCUUCGAUCUCAUCCUUGUCGCUGCUUUGACAUGCGCAAGUGCUUGGCUUCGUUUCGGCCAGAGCGUCGCUCCUUCCAUUAUCGUCUCCGUUUUAGUCGUCGCGACAUCUUGGGCUGCUACCACGGCUCUUUACAGCGGUGUGGUUUGGGGGGAAUGGCACAAGCGCUCGUUACGCGCAUUUAUUGACGAAAUGGAAACGGAGGCCGGUCUCGAUCCUUGA